UUAGAAGGUUCGGAAUUGGCAAUGGACCACUCCAUCCAUGAUUGGUGGAUCCCAUAACAACCAUGUGGCGAUAGACUUCUGCAUGCAGCAUGGAUAGGACACUUUUACUAGAUGCUGCCUUAGCUCUGACUUUAUGACACUGACGGACGGCCCCAGAGCUCCGGCUGCUAAUUGAAACCACCGACAUUCCUCAACAUCACACCCCCACCAGUCCCUCCAUCCAUCCACACCUUCCCAGAAUCCCAGAAUCCCAGAAUCCCAGACCGACCAUGUCGACCUCAUCUGCAACCCAGACCCCCCUCCCUGUCAGCAACCAACCGUCCAAGCCAGAGGAGCCCUCAUCCCAGCAGUACAACCUCAACCUCCGUCCCAACCCCAAGCUCCGCCUCCAAAUCCACGAUCUCCGCCACUCCGGAUCCAAAUCAUUCUCAACCCUGAUCCCUGACGUCUCCUCGGUACUCGAGACCGCCCUAGCACCGGCGCCCCCGACCCGCACCUUCUCCCCCAGCAUCCCACCCACCCGCUCCGUGACGGUCCUCCUCCGCGACAUCGACGGCGUCGCCUACACAACCGGCACCGAGCUCGACAACGACCACAAAGAGAUCCACGUCGCGCUUUCCUACGUCCGCCACUGCACCACCCUCACCGACCCCGCAUCCGAAAUCAAAGGCUUCCUCACCCACGAACUAGUCCACUGCUACCAGCACACCGCGCCCCCAGACGGCGACAACAUCCCCCGUCCCCCCGGGGGCCUGAUCGAGGGGAUAGCGGAUUUCGUGCGGUUGAAGGCGGACCUGGCGCCGCCGCAUUGGAAGAAGCCGACGUCGGCGAAGGAGAGAGCCUCGAACUGGGACCAGGGGUAUCAGCAUACGGCGUAUUUUCUGGCGUGGUUGGAGGAUGUGCGUGUGGGGGAAGGUGCGGUCGGACUGUUGAAUGAUCGGUUGUUGAGGGUGGGUUAUGUUGGGGUUGGGGGGGAGGAGUUUUGGAAGGGACUGUUUGGGGUGGGCGUGUUGGAGCUUUGGGAGGAGUAUGGGCGGUAUUUGGAUGCUCCAAAGGGGGGAAAUGUUGGGCGUGGGAAUUGGGAGGAUGAGAUUGUUAAUCCGGAGUGAUUGUAUUUAGAACUAUGGGAAGAGUGUUUGUACAGUGCCGUGCCUCUUUCUGAGUAUUCCCACCUUGGUCCCACCUUGGCUACUACCUACUACUACU